GAGUGUUGUCUUAAAAUGUUAUUAUUAUUUGAUUUCACUAAUUACACUCAUUUCGUUUCAUUUACUCAUCCACCACCGCCCACAAACAUCCACCCUCCCACCAUUUUUCGGUAGUGGUUGCAGUGGUGUGCGUUAUGUAUGUUUAUGUACGUACAGUAACUAAGUCAGUAUCAUUAAAUACAGUUCAGUACAGUUGCAGCGAGCGGUAGGUGAAGAGAUCUAUUAUUUUUUUGAUGAGUUGGAUGUGAAGACGCCGAUCGACGACGCUGUUGUUGCCGCCUACAAAUUGUUCAUUAAUUUAUAAUAAGGGCUGAAAAUUUAGAAGAUGCAUAAAAUGCAGUCCAGUAUACUGGUCGGAGGCUUAUUGUUCAUGUGCUUAUCAGUUUCUGCUGUUCCCAAGCCUGAUGAGAAACCUCAACGUGUGGUGGAUAGGGAGCUCAGUGGAAAGGACCACUACAAUGCAGAGCAUCAUAAUACUCAGUAUGAUCAUGAGGCAUUCCUUGGUGAAGAUGCCAAAACUUUUGAUCAGCUGCCCCCGGAGGAGAGUCGCAGAAGGUUGAGUUUAAUCGUGGAUAAAAUAGAUAGCAACGGCGAUAAUUUUAUAUCGCACGAAGAACUAAAGGACUGGAUACGAUUCACGCAAAAGCGUUACAUCAUGGAAGAUGUAGAGAGACAAUGGAUACAACAGAAUCCCGAUGAAAAGGAGACGAUUACAUGGGAUGAAUAUAAGAAGAUGGUGUACGGUUUUCUCGAUCACAUGGACCCGGCGGACGUGGAGCGCGACGAGGAGGGCAUGUCCUACAAGUCGAUGAUAAAGCGCGAAAGGAGACGUUGGGCGGCCGCCGAUUCCGAUGCGGACGACGCUCUGACAAAGCAAGAAUUUGUCGUAUUCCUGCAUCCAGAGGAUAGCGAUCUGAUGAAGGACAUCAUUGUCCUGGAGACGAUGGAGGACAUUGAUAAGGAUGGUGACGGUAGGAUAUCGCUGGCCGAAUACAUCGGUGACAUGUACAGACACGACGGUGAUGACGAUCAACAACAGCAGGAGGAAAACGAACCCGAAUGGGUGAAGAACGAAAGGGAACAGUUCAAGGCGUACCGUGACAAGAACGGCGACGGUUUCAUGGAUCAGGAAGAGGUGAAGACAUGGAUCCUUCCGCAGGAUUUCGAUCAUGCCGAGGCCGAGUCCAGGCAUCUCAUCUAUGAGGCUGAUGCCGACGCCGACCAGCAACUUACCAAGGAUGAAAUUCUCAAUAAAUACGACCUGUUUGUCGGAUCGCAGGCCACCGACUUUGGAGAAGCCCUCGCCAGGCACGACGAAUUCUAAUCAUUAAUAGCAUUAAGAAAAUUGGCCUCUUCUGCCUUUCACUCAUCUGCCGAUCUAGAAUCUCAACAUACAGAAAAAAAUAACACACACACACACACAUGUGUUCAACGAGAGAUUAUUUGCAUACAUAGCAGAUAUGUAUUAAUUUUAUGUGCCUUUCAUUAUUAAUAAAUAUUUUCGAAUUUAAA